CGUUUAGAGAAGUUAGUAAAAACGAAUCUGACAUCACUGUUUAACAGUGCAUGUAGCUCCCAAGUGGUUUGUUCUUAGGGUAACAGAGGAGGAAAUUGCUCCCCGUCUGAUAAGACACCAGGGGGGACGCGUGCUAUUUCUUAGGCACACAGCCGAUCUCCUGAUACUACCAUGUAUUUAUGGCUUAGACUUCUGGCAUUUGGUUUUGUCUUUCUGGACAUAGAAGUGUUUGUUACAGGACAAAACUCAAUUUCACCCAGCAAUGGUUUCAGCCUUACAGUCACUGCAUCAUCCACUCUGAACCUUGCAACAGACAUUGUCACUCCAAGCACUGCAAUAGCUACAACUCAACCUAAACCAUCAUGUGAUGAAAAAUAUGGGAACAUCACUGUGAAUUACUCCUAUGACGAGGAUAAUAAAUCCAUUAAGGCAGAGGUAAAAGGUGACAGAAAACCUCAAUGUGAAACUACGGAUUGUGUAGAAACGUUCCAAAACCUACAAGAAUGUUUAGAAUUCAGUGUCCCUGUAUUUAAUGAUUCCUGCACUCCAACUAAAUUUGUGAAAUUAGAGGUGCCACCAAGUCCUAAGAAGUUUAAGUUAUUUAACUGUACAGAAACUGAAAAAGCUAAUACUUCAAUUUGCUUAAUGUGGAAAAUAGAGAAAGGUAUAUGUCAUGAGGAAAAUAUUAAAUACAGACUUCAGUGUCAUAAAGUUUCAGGUAACUCGAAUGAAAGCAAUCCUGUGAAUCAAAGCACACUCAAAAUGGACAAUCUUCAACCCAAAACGACCUAUGAAUGUACUGGAGAAAUCCUCUAUAAUAACCAGACAUAUGUCAGAGAAAAUAUGUCUUUGGAAACAGACUUUGGGGUUCCUGGAAAGCCCAGUUCUUUUUCUUGUAAGACUGUUAAUGCAACUACAAUAAUGGUUGCCUGGAAUGGCUCUUCUUCACCCGGUGGAUAUCAUUUAUGCUAUAAGAAUGAUACAGAAGAAAGCUGUAAAGACUUGAAGAACACUGUGACCCAUUAUAGCAUGGAAAAUCUGAAACCUUACACACCUUAUAACAUGUCACUCAACGCCUACGUCAUUGGAAAAGUACGACGUGAUGGAGAUGCUGAACACCGUUCAUGUCGAACUGAAGCAGCUCGUCCAAGCAAGGUCCAGGACAUGGUUGUCAGCCAGAAGGCACCGAAUAGUAUACAUGUCACCUGCAAACCUCCUAAUGAAAUCAAUGGUCCUAAUGCAAGCUAUCAUUUGGAAGUCAGAAGUGGAAAUGCUGUAUUUAAAACACUCAAAAAUAUCACCUGUAAUUUUGACGUAGUUGAUCUUUACUAUUCAACUGACUAUGUAUUUCUGCUCUCUUUUAACAAUGGAAAAUUUCUGGGAGAGGCAGAGGUUAAAAAACAGUCAACAUCAUAUAAUUCUAAAGCACUGAUUAUAUUCCUGGUAUUUCUGAUUAUUGUGACAUCAAUAGCUCUGCUUGUUGUGCUUUAUAAAAUCUAUGAUCUGCAUAAGAAUCGAUCCAGCAAUUCAGAUGAACAACAGGAACUUGUUGUAAGGGAUGAUGAAAAGCAACUGAUGGAUGUAGAGCCAAUUCAUGCAGAUACUCUGUUGGAAACAUAUAAAAGAAAAAUUGCUGAUGAGGGACGGCUUUUUCUGGCUGAAUUUCAGAGCAUUCCACGGGUAUUCAGCAAGUUUUCUAUCAAAGAUGCACGGAAGCCCUUUAACCAGAAUAAAAAUCGUUAUGUUGACAUCCUCCCCUAUGACUAUAACCGGGUUGAACUCUCUGAAAUAAAUGGAGAUGCAGCAUCCACCUACAUCAAUGCCAGCUACAUUGAUGGCUUCAAAGAACCCAGGAAAUAUAUUGCUGCACAAGGCCCCAGGGAUGAAACGGUGGAUGACUUCUGGAGGAUGAUCUGGGAGCAGAAAGCCACAGUGAUUGUCAUGGUCACACGAUGUGAAGAAGGAAACAGGAACAAAUGUGCAGAAUACUGGCCAUCCAUGGAGGAAGGCACUCGAGCCUUUAGAGAUGUUGUUGUAAAGAUCAAUGAACACAAAAGAUGUCCAGAUUACAUCAUCCAAAAACUGAGUAUUACAAAUAAAAAAGAAAAGGCCAGCGGAAGAGAAGUAACUCAUAUCCAGUUUACCAGCUGGCCAGACCACGGGGUCCCCGAAGAUCCUCACCUGCUGCUCAAACUGCGGAGGAGAGUAAACGCUUUCAGCAACUUCUUCAGUGGACCCAUCGUGGUGCACUGCAGUGCUGGUGUUGGGCGCACAGGCACCUACAUUGGAAUUGACGCCAUGCUGGAAGGCCUGGAAGCAGAGGGCAAAGUGGAUGUCUACGGUUACGUAGUCAAGCUGAGGCGACAGAGGUGUCUUAUGGUUCAAGUGGAGGCACAGUACAUCUUGAUCCAUCAGGCCUUAGUAGAAUACAACCAGUUUGGAGAAACAGAAGUGAACUUGUCUGAAUUACACUCAUAUCUACACAACAUGAAGAAGAUCGAUCCACCCAGUGACCCCUCGCCUCUGGAGGCAGAAUUCCAGAGACUUCCAACAUAUAGGAGCUGGAGGACACAGCACAUUGGAAAUCAAGAUGAAAAUAAAAAGAAAAACAGGAAUUCAAGUGUCAUUCCAUAUGACUAUAACAGAGUGCCACUUAAACACGAGCUGGAAAUGAGCAAAGAGAGCGAGCAUGACUCAGAUGAGUCUUCUGAAGAUGACAGUGACUCAGAGGAAACGAGCAAAUACAUCAAUGCCUCUUUCGUAAUGAGUUACUGGAAACCAGAAAUGAUGAUCGCUGCUCAAGGACCACUGAAAGAGACUGUGGGCGACUUUUGGCAGAUGAUAUUCCAAAGAAAAGUCAAAUUUAUUGUUAUGUUGACAGAGCUAACAAAUGGAGACCAGGACAUCUGUGCCCAGUACUGGGGAGAAGGAAAGCAGAUGCACGGAGACGUGGAAGUGGACGUGAAAGACACAAGUGAAUAUCCGGCUUAUACUCUCCGUGUGUUUGAACUGAGACAUUCCAAGAGGAAAGAUCCCAGAACUGUGUACCAGUACCAGUAUACCACUUGGAGUGGGGAAGAGCUUCCUGAGAAACCCAAAGAAUUGAUCUCUAUGAUUCAGAAUCUCAAACAGAAGCUUUCCAAGAAGAAUUCCACUGAAGGGAACAAGUAUCACAGGAAUGCGCCCAUCCUAAUUCACUGCAGAGAUGGAUCUCAGCAGACAGGAUUAUUCUGUGCUUUGUUCAAUCUCUUGGAAAGUGCAGAAACAGAAGAGGUGGUGGAUGUUUUUCAAGUGGUUAAAUCUCUGCGCAAAGCAAGGCCGGGGAUGGUGUGCACCUUUGAGCAAUACCAGUUUCUUUACGACAUCAUUGCCAGCACCUACCCUGCCCAGAAUGGUCAGGUCAAGAAAAGCAACCUCCAAGAAGACAAAAUUGAAUUCCAUAAUGAAGUGGACAAAGUAAAACAGGACGCUAACUGUGUCGGCCCAGCUGGUGCUUUGGAAAAGAUCCAGGAAGGCAGCAGAGAGGAAGGAGCCCCUGAACCCCCAAGAGGCAUCGAAGGGCCAGAACAUUCUGCCAAUGGUCCUGCAAGUCCAGCUUUAACUCAGAGUUCAUAGGAAAAGGCUUAAAUGGGACAACUCAAAACCUCAUUAUAGUUUCUAUUUUUCUAGAACUAGUGGAAGGAAAUGGCUGUGCAGUGGUUAGGAAAUCGAUAUCCACCUUUGUGGGGAUAUUUUACCACU